GAAAGAACAAUAUGAACCAUUGAUGCCCACAAACAAUCUUGCUGGCAUGAUGGAAAAAUACCAUCAAAGAAACUAAACAGGGAGAAUAACCACUAACAGGAACCAAAGAAUUAAGACACACAGCGUCCACUGGUAUAUAUCAUAGUGCCAGGCAUCAGUAAAUGUGAACCAGUCAUGAAGAGCGGCAGUUUUUUUCUCUUUAUGCUUCAAUUAAGCACUGGUUGUAUUCUUACAGAUGAGAAGCAGACAAAAACAAUCUCAGGAUACAGCGGUGGUUCAGUGCUUCUGCCCUGCUCCUGUGCUCAACCUCAGUCUACAAUCCACACAUUCAGCUGGCAGUUUUACAGCAGUGAUACUCGAUGGAUUCAAGUGCUUGAGGAUCAGAAAUACAGAGGCAGAGUUACACUGUUUAAUCACAUUUCUCCAACAAAUCUGUCAUUGCUCAUUUCUGGUCUCAGAAAGGAAGAUGGAGGCUAUUAUUCCUGCAUGUCUACACCAAAUCUUGUGUAUUUUAACUUGGCAGUUUUAGAGACACCACACAUGCCUAUAAGCAUGCCAAAACAGGAUGUUAUAGUGCCUGCACGACCAAUUUCACCUCGAUACAUUCCUCAACAAACACCAAUGAUCAACUUACCAAGACAAGACGCUAGACCAGUUUUUCCUCAAUACACACAACAGUGUGAUCUGGUCAAUAAAGAAAGUAAAACUGGUGUGACUGGAUAUUCAGGAGAGUCUGUUGUUCUACCCUGCUGGUGCACUAACCUACUGUCCAGACCUGAACACAUACAAUGGAUGUACUGGACAGAGAAUGGCUAUAAAGAAAUUUACCCAAAUGAAGAGGUUGAGAGUCACAAGAACAGAGUGAAACUGUUAAAUCAAAACACUCCAGGAAAUCUGUCUCUGCUCAUAUCAGCACUGACCAUAAAACACCAAGGAACCUACUACUGUACUGUUCUGCCUCAACAACAUGUCUACUUCACACUUAAUGUUAAAGAGAAACCACAAGUUUAUCCAACCAGUUCUUCAACACAUAGAUCUUCACACCAAACACAAGAACUUCCACCACCCCAACAAACACAUCACACACCUCUGUAUGUUUUUAUUCUAGUGGCAGUGUUUACUUCAGUUGUGUUACUGGCAUUUCUGGCGUUGUCUACUAGAUAUGCAAAGACAGCAGUGGCAAAUUCUGCUGCAGUCUAUGUUGAAACGGCACCCAUUCCAGCUCACAGACGGAAUGAUCAAGCAGAGCGCACUGUGUAUGUCAAUUCCAGUGCAACACAUACUUGAAAACAUUUUUAAUAUCCUCAGAAUUUAUGUUUAGACUAAACGAUGAACUAAUUAGACUUGUAAUUGAGCUUAUGACCUUUGCAAUUAUGGUACACUAUGAACAAUAAAAAUUUUUAAUACAUCAUAAAUGAUAAAACAGGUGAGUGUAUUUGCGUGACAUCUGAUAACUGAACAAAAGCAUAAUGUCUGCUAUUACGAUCUGCUUACUGGUAAACUAAUAUAAACAAUCAUAACUAAUCACUAUCAUGCAAAUUUAAAAAGAAAACGAAUGAGCUUGUAAACAAGUUAAAUAUGGAAGAUUUUUUUCUUU